AUGCUCAUCCCUGAAGACUAUAAUUCAGAAAAUCGAUAUACUUUGCUGGCGUCACACACGAGCGAUUCGUUUGAUGCGGUGGAGUUCGAAUCGAUUGAGGUGGAGUUCAAACCGAUUGAGCUGCUUUGCACGGAUUACGAAGUUCUUGCAGAGGAUAGUAAGACACGGGCACGACGAGAUUUGGGACUCCAACUGGGAAUUUACAACACGAGAAAGACAGAUCCAAAAACCAGCGAUGGUGAGCUGGUAAUUAGGGGAGCAAAUGUAGCAGAGCCAAAGCGUAACUCACAGCUCAGUAAGGCCACCGUGCUGCUCAGCUUUGGCAAUACCUAUGUUGUUGGGUUGCGAUGGUUCCGAUUUUCUGGGCUUUGUAAGUAUGUAAUUGAAACGACAUAA